AUGUUGCGGUCGGUGAAGCGAGGUAUGCGGAUAUCGCGCAACCCUAGGUACAAUACGCCGUCCUUCGAGGUCGUUCCAGUUGCCCGGGGCAACGGCACACGCUCCUUCCACGCUUACGCAGCGACGGAGGCGUUGCGAGUUGCGCGUUCGAUAUGUUGUAAACAUGCGGGCGGCUUUGGCAUUUUCGUCGAGAAACAUAAUUUCGUGCUGCGGCACUUAGGGAAGGUGCCUGGGGGGGGAACUGUUGAGAUAAUAGAUGGCAGCGGAUUGGCGGGGCGCCAGUGCGCGAACGGUGAACUCGGACGGUCGCAUCUCACCCUCGCACUUCCUAAUUGGAGGCGAUUCUUUGUGAUAAACUGGGUUAAACCCACGUCUAUAGCAAUGCUAACGAACGUAGGCUGCAGCUUGUUUCCGCUCCUCAAA